CGGGGACCGGCGUCGCGUCUGGGCUGGCCGGCGGUAGCAGCGGCGGCGAUGGCAGCGGACACCGAGCGGGCUUGAGGGUUCGAACCUGCUCCCUCCCGCGCGCUCCGAGGCCCGACCCGUCUCAGAGGUCCCAGUUUGAUCCGCUCCUGCUCCCUCCCCGGCGCUGCCUGGGCGGAGGCGGAGUUGGAAGCCGUGGCGGAGGCCCGGGCUGGCCGCCCUGCUCGUGCCCCGGCUCGGCCCCGGACGGCCCGACUGCUGUGCGGACAGGAGGCCGAGUCGGUAGUGAAAAGAGAAUACUGAAGAAUAGGAUCUCAAGAUGAGUAAAAAGCCCCCAAAUCGUCCCGGAAUCACUUUCGAGAUUGGUGCUCGUUUGGAGGCACUGGACUACCUGCAGAAAUGGUAUCCAUCACGAAUUGAAAAAAUCGACUAUGAGGAAGGCAAGAUGCUGGUCCAUUUUGAGCGCUGGAGUCAUCGUUACGACGAGUGGAUUUACUGGGACAGCAAUAGGCUGCGGCCCCUGGAGAGGCCCGCGUUACGGAAGGAAGGUCUGAAAGACGAGGAAGAUUUCUUUGAUUUUCAAGCUGGAGAAGAAGUUCUGGCUCGUUGGACAGACUGUCGCUAUUACCCAGCCAAGAUCGAAGCGAUUAACAAAGAAGGAACAUUCACAGUUCAGUUUUACGAUGGAGUAAUUCGUUGUUUAAAACGAAUGCACAUUAAAGCCAUGCCCGAGGAUGCUAAGGGGCAGUUUCUGUUCCAGGUGAAAUCCCAGCACCCACUAAGCUGGUGUUGUCCUAUCGACCCAGCUGGAUCGUGUAACCAGCCUAUGGGAAGUGAGGACUGGAUAGCUUUAGUCAAAGCAGCUGCUGCAGCUGCAGCCAAGAAUAAAACAGGGAGCAAACCUCGAACCAGUGCUAACAGCAAUAAAGAUAAAGAGAAAGAUGAUCGGAAAUGGUUUAAAGUACCUUCAAAGAAGGAAGAAACUUCAGCCUCUAUAAGCACACCGGAAGUUAAGAAGGAAGACCUGCCCACGUCUAGCGAUGAUGCCUUUGUAGGACUUCAUAUAGAGAACGUUCCAAAGAUGGUCUUUCCACAGCCCGAGAGCACAUUAUCAAACAAGAGGAAAAAUAAUCAAGGCAACUCAUUUCAGGCAAAGAGAGCUCGACUUAACAAGAUUACUGGUUUGUUGGCAUCCAAAGCCGUUGGGGUGGACGGUGCUGAAAAAAAGGAAGACUACAGUGAAACGGCUCCAAUGCUGGAGCAGGCGAUUUCACCUAAACCUCAAAGUCAGAAAAAAAAUGAAGCUGACAUUAGCAGUUCUGCCAACACUCAGAAACCUGCACUGUUAUCCUCAACUUUGUCUUCAGGGAAGGCUCGCAGCAAGAAAUGCAAACAUGAAUCUGGACAUCCUUCCGGGUGUAUAAAGCCCCCUAAAUCACCACUUCCCCCAGAGUUAAUACAAGUCGAGGAUUUGACGCUUGUGUCCCAGCUUUCUUCUUCAGUGAUAAAUAAAACUAGUCCUCCACAGCCUGUGAACCCCCCUAGACCUUUCAAGCACAGUGAGAGGAGAAGACGAUCUCAGCGUUUAGCCACCUUGCCUGUGCCUGACGGUUCUGUAGCAAAGGCCCCUCCUCCCUGUGCAGCCACUGAUGGGAAAGUGGUCUCCAUCAGUUCUCACAGUCAGCACGAGUCUCCAGUACCAGAGGUGCCUGACGUUGCACAUUUGUCACUUGAGAAGCUGAGACCCUGUCUCCCUCUUGACUUAAGUCGUGGUUUGGAAGUUACAGCACCGCCAGCCCCAGCUCCCUCUCCCCGUAAUGAGUGUCCCAGGGCAGAAAAGGAAGACAAGCAGCCGCUUGCAAACCCUUCCUCCAAAGCAGUAGCUGACGGAAGGGCCGCGCCAGCAGCAUCAGGAAUAUCGAAAACAGAAAAAAAAGUGAAAUUGGAAGAAAAAAGCUCAACAGCAUUUGGUAAGAGAAAAGAAAAGGAUAAAGAAAGAAGAGAGAAGAAAGACAAAGAUCACUACAAACCAAAACAGAAAAAGAAGAAGAAGAAGAAAAAGAAAUCUAAGCAGUAUGACUAUUCAGACUAUGAAGACAGCUCCUUAGAAUUUUUGGAAAGGUGCUGUUCUCCACUCACUCGGUCUUCCGGGAGUUCCCUGGCUCUUCGAAGCAUGUUCACGGAGAAGAAUACAACGUAUCAGUACCCAAGAGCAAUUCUGUCAGUUGAUCUUAGUGGUGAAAACCUAACGGACGUGGAAUUCCUAGAUGACUCUUCAACGGAGAGUUUGCUUCUCAGUGGGGACGAGUACAAUCAGGACUUUGAUUCAACCAACUUCGAGGAGUCUCAGGAUGAAGACGAUGCACUUAAUGAAAUCGUGCGAUGCAUUUGUGAAAUGGACGAGGAGAAUGGCUUCAUGAUCCAGUGUGACGAGUGUCUGUGCUGGCAGCACAGCGUGUGCCUGGGGCUGCUGGAGGAGAGCAUCCCCGAACAGUACACCUGCUACGUCUGCCGAGACCCUCCCGGUCAGAGGUGGAGUGCAAAAUACCGCUAUGAUAAGGACUGGUUGAAUAACGGGAGAAUGUGUGGGCUAUCGUUUUUAAAAGAGAAUUAUUCUCAUUUAAAUGCCAAAAAGAUCGUUUCCACACAUCACCUGCUGGCCGACGUCUGUGGCGUCACCGAAGUCCUGCACGGCUUACAGCUGAAGAUCGGCAUCCUCAAGAAUAAACACCAUCCUGACCUUCAUCUCUGGGCCUGUUCUGGGAAGCGAAAAAAACAAGAUCAAAUCAUUGCUGGGGCAGAGAAGAAAAUCACGGUGCCAGACACAGUUAAUCUGGAAGAAAAGAAGUACCACGUGCAGAACCACAUGGAAGCACGUCGCGUGCCCCCGAAAACGGAAGGAACCUACAUAACCAGUGAGCACAGCUACCAGAAGCCGCAGAACUGCCAUCAGGACCGCAGACCUCCGGUGGGGCCCGGGAGCUCGGAUGACGGCGAGGGCAGUGGCUCCGAGGAGGAAGGAGAGCUCUGCAUGAGGAAGAAGAGCCACUGGCGGUGCUCAGGAAGAGAAGAGGGAGCGCCCGCCAAGAGCCCGGCCGAAAGGAGCGCUGUGUCUGGGUGUCAUGACAACAAGGGCACCGAGGCCCCGGGGGACGCGCACCUCCAGUGGCAGCUCAACCUCCUCGCACACAUAGAGGACGUGCAGAACGAGGUCGCCAGCAGGAUGGACCUCAUCGAGAAGGAAGUUGACGUUCUGGAAAGCUGGCUGGAUUUCACGGGGGAGCUGGAGCCACCGGACCCUCUUACAAGAUUGCCCCAACUUAAACGCCACAUCAAGCAGCUUCUGAUGGACAUGGGCAAAGUGCAGCAGAUAGCGACUCUGUGCUCUGUAUGACAGCUGUGAAAUCCCACAGGGAGGGGCGGCUCUCGCAGCCAAAUAGCUUCUGUUACCCAUGUGCCUGCUGGGUGGGUAGUUGACAAGCAUGGUGAUGUUUGGUCACUUACUGACUUGUGACAUCAGUAGGGUGGUACCUUGAAAAAGAAAGUGAAGAACAGCUUUAUCAAGGAAGUGAAUAGGAAAAAGAAUUUAUGAGCAAGCUACAAAUGAUACUGUAUUAUAUGCCAGGGUGAAAGUAGAAUAUAAUCUAUGCUAAGGGAGUUGAGUCGGCAGGGUUUUUGAGUAGUUGAUUACAUGAAGCUCGAGGCACCUGCAGAAAGACAUCCGGUAUAUUUACGUAGUUUUUCAUAGGAAGACCCUCGUUCAUACACCAGCACUUGGCCAGACACACAGUUGUAGAGGAAACCUGAGUUCUGGAGGGGUCGACGGGCUGAAGAAGACAGUGUAAGAACUGUCUCCUCUGCAGCUGCUCCAGCUGCACAGCGGUGCAGGGGCGGGAACUUCCACAGGGUCGUGGCUGUUUCCUAGGUGACGGAUGUCCUUAAUCUGAAAACUGACUGUAGCAGUCUCACUUCUGGGGGAACUGUUUGGAGUUCUUAUUUCACUACGAAUACCUUCUAAAAACAAACACCAAAUAAUUGGAAUUUGCUGUGGGCAUUGAGCUCAUGGCAAACAAAAUGGGUUGCAGAGGGUCAUUGUGCCAAACUGGGGUGACAGCGCCGGGACGAGGGUUUUCGGUGUGAGGGGAGCUCUCCCCCAGGUUUCACACGGUGCCGUCAGUCCCUCCGACGUGUAGGUGUCACAGAUGCAGCAUGUGACACGGGGUUGCUCGUGGCGCUCGUUUGGCCCUGAGUAUGAAGAGAGUUUGCUUUCAGAAGAAAGUGCAAGCACCUCCUCUGGGGUGAGGAGUGACGGAACUGCCCGAAGGGUCCGUGGCGGCGGGUUUCUAGACUGCUGUAGUGGAAAACUGGAAAAGCUUCAUUUCUGAAGAUGAAUUUUAUUUUUUAAAAAAUUCAUGCGCACUCAAAACUUUUAGCUUUGAUCACAAAUGGACACGUUUCUGAAACCAAAGGCAACUAAGUUGCUGUGUUAGCUCUUGCUGGACUCGGAGCCCAGUCCCGCCGUCUGUGGGGCCCUUGAGGUCGUGCGCCCGCGCUUCUCGGGCGGGGGUGCAGACACGUGGGUGCGUGCUUGAGACCCACGCUCGGCGUGCGUAUGUGCUUGGCCUCCACGUAUUUAUAUCCACACAUAUCUAGUUUUCUUACUAUAGACUAUAAGCAUUGGUGGUUAACAUGAAAUGUUACCUUUUAACAGACUGUUUUUAAAAAUAAUGUAUGUACAGGUUUUGAAACUCUUUUAAAAAGGGGGGAAGAGACUUAGGAGGAGGCUGUUUGAUGGCAUUUGACACUUGAAUAUUUUAUGCCUCGUCCUGUGCGUCAGUUCGAGCGGUCUGUAUAAAUGCGUUUGAGAACUGGCAGACAGUAAAUGCGGAUUUAUCUGUGAUAGGAAUACAUACCACUGUACAUUCAGAUACUAUUUAAAUUUGCAAACACUGUUCUAUAUGUAAGGUACUGUACGUAAAACUCUUGAUUAAAACUAUUCCACAUAUCUUAAAA